AUGUUUGGAUUAAGAAACUCUCCAUGUUGUGUGUUCGAGCCAUUUGCUUUACAAAGACCGGUGUACAAAAGAAGAUGCUUGGAAGAACCAAGGCGGAAUAGAAUGAGUAGGUGUUAUAAUUCAUCUGGGGAUUUGAACUACGAUGUCAAGGAACAAAAAGACCAAUAUGUGAUUUCCUUAUAUAAGCCAGUAUCUGCAAAGGCAAUCGAUGAGGCUGUGCGUCAGCGACUGAUGGAACGCAGAGAGCGGAGAAAGGUGCAUGAGCCACGGUAUGAUGUGAUAUCUGACUUCUUUGGGAACCAGUAUUAUGUUCAAAGGCACGAAGAACAAGAAGGGGAGGACCAGAUAUUGGAGGAGGUUGUGAGAGAUAUCGAUACUGAAAAGUUCGGGAAACAGCUAGCCAGGCGAGAAUUCCAAGAUUACCAUAUAACAUUGUCACAUGACGGAUAUGUGUUGCUAAUAGAGAGCGCUUGUGACAAGAUACGCAGAGAGUUUGAGCUAGAACGUCCAUUAGAGGACGUAAGGGUACUCGGGUUUGAAAUGGCCGGGGCAAACGUUGCGGUUUUAAAGCUUGGGUUAGAAAAGAUGACCGAAGCUGAAAGUCCUAGCUAUAAUAAACGAGAAGCAGUGGAGCAGAUUCCAAUAACCGUUCAUUGUAGCCAAAGUGUUACUGGAAAUCAGACCACUGGGUUUACAAAGUCCGCCAGAUCGACUGCAGAGUCGAAGAUGGGCAACAGAAAUUGGACCGAUGGACUAUUAAGUAAAAGUAAAGAGUUACCGAUUAAGGCAAGGGAGAGUGCAAAAAACGUAGACAAAAACCAACAGAAUGCCUCUGAUAAGGCUAGGGUAUUAGAACAAAAAAAAAAAGGAUCUUCUACUGGAAAAGGAGCGUGCCAGAAGACUUGUUGA